UCCGGAAAUUCCAGACAGCCUGGAGUGUGAAGACAGUGGGAGAGAGAGAGAGUGAGCGACAGAAUGGAUUGACUGAAAGGAGAGGGAAUGACAACUCUUGAAUCUUGACCACCAACGAGAAUCAAGCAUUCGUUUUCCUUCGUAGUUCGUACAUAACUGAGACCACACACCAUCGAGAGAGUCCAUACCUCCGUAGUUGGCACGUUUGAAAGGUGAUUUACUCAGUUUUAAUUUGAAGUUCGUGUUUCUCCUGCUUAUUAUUUAAAAUUCUAUAAUGUAACUAAGUGAAACAAAGUUUUAAUUAACCAGAGUAUAAUUUGUUGUGACACCUGAGUUUAUAAAAAGUGAAAUGACCUUGCUUAUUGGAUUUUUUGCGGCAUAAUAUUAACAAAUUGAAUCGAAAUGCUACGAAUACUUUUCGCAACAGCCGUGGCUGUACUAGCCACAUUAGUAUUGUACAUUCCCGGACCCACUGAAGCUUGUAACGAAGCCGUUUGUGCCAGUAUAGUCAGUAAAUGCAUGAUCACACAAUCAUGUAAAUGCGACCUGAAGAACUGUUCUUGUUGUAAAGCAUGCUUCAGUUGUCUCAGUUAUUUGUAUAGCGAGUGCUGUUCGUGUGUAGACAUGUGCCCUAAACCAAACAACACCAGGAACGCUCUGAGCAAGAAGAGUCACGUGGAAGAUCUGCCAGAAGCCAUUCCCAACCUGUUCCAGGUGUUGACAGCCGAACCAGACUCACAACAGCGUUGGCUCACGUUCACCUUCCCCGUCGACUUCGACAUCAACAUUUUCAGGCCGAAAUUCGAGAAAGAAAUCAAAUAUUCCACAAACUUGGCAGAACAAGAAGUGGACCCGAUCAAGGACAUAGUGACGUUGAACUGUUCAGUGGCGUUCAUGUCACAGUGCAUGUCGUGGAACAAAUGCAAGGCCAGCUGUCAGUCAAUGGGCGCCGCCUCCUAUCGCUGGUUCCACGACGGAUGCUGCCAGUGUGUGGGCGACAAGUGCAUCAAUUAUGGCAUCAAUGAGAGCAGGUGUCUACAGUGUCCACUCUCCAAAGAAGUGAUCAUCCCAGAAGAAGCCCUGGAUUACGGAGAAGAAGAUGAAGUUAUCGAGUCCGAAGCUUUAGCAUCAUAAUAAGUAUAACACUCCUGUUUAUUCUAACCAGGACCUCCUAUAUAUCACCUACAGGAGGCCUUGAUCAUACAUCACUUUCCCAACGUCACGCAUUCAAUCAUCAAUCAUAUUCAUAUUUUUAGACGUAUAUUCUCGUAGGAACAUCUUGCUCAAAAAUUAGUGUGUAUUAUUAGAAAUCGUGUAGAUAACAAUUUUAUUUUUCAUUGUAUUUAGACACUCGACCCAAUAUGCCAUGAUUGAUCACAUUUAAGGUGUGGUUUGGCCCACAUAUCAGCAUCAGAGUCAGUGACCGGUACAGUGAAAAUAUAAUUCCUAUGAGUUCUAAUGGGUCCAUUCUCACUCAGCCCGGUCGGACUAGUAUGAACAGUCCCAUUAGAACUUAUGGGAAUGAUAUUUCUCAUUGUACCGGAUACUUUCACUGAUACUGAUUUGUGUGAAUCCCUAUUUAUUAUCAAUGCUCUCUUGAUAUUUUAUUUGGUUGACCUCCAUUUAGAAUUUAUUAUAGUAGAUUCUAUAGAUAUUAGAUCUGUGAUUGUGCCAUUCUUAAUUUCUAUGAUGUAUACAGUUACAUUGAACUUGAUGUGUAUUUCUGUGUGGAAAUGUUUUUCCAAAUUUUUAACAUUCAAUUUUUUUGUUUAAUCUUCAAUUUGAUCUUGAAAUUACCUACUUAAUAGCUUAUAGUUAUUUUCAUUUUAUUUUAUAAAGCAUACUGUAAAAUUGUAUCUUGUAUAUCAACUUGAAAGUAAUUUAAGCUUUCACUUUUCAAAAUAGAUUGUAAAUUUUAUAUUACUGUGCAUGAAUUAAGUAGUAUCCCUUGACAUGUUUGAGUUUUUCGUGUUUCAAGUUUCUAUUAUCUGAAUAAUACUCUUGUGAAACUGAAUUGGAAAAUAUUUGAAUCAGUUCAAUCUUAUCAAUAAGAUUAAAAGUAUCAAUUAGUUUAAAUUAGAUUAGAUCAAUUAAAUCAAUAGAUUAUUUUAAUUAAAUCAAUAGAUUUAAAUUAUCAAUAAGUUUAUCAAGUCAAAACCUGUUAUCCAGUUUCAAAUUUCAUAUUAUUUGUUUCUUCUCCAAGAAACAUAAUUGAUGUUUUAUUUCAUGACUUUCUUAGAAAUAUGAAAUAUUCUAAUUGAACUCAAUUCUGCCAAAUCCAAUAUUGCUGAUGUAAUAUACGCAUAUACAAAUCGUCAUGUAUAAGUAAGAUCUUUUGUAAUAUUUUUAUAUCUCUUUACAAAUAAAUUAUUCUACUUAAAAUCUU